AUGUCGCGAAUAACCGAGAAUCUCCCUCCAACCAACGAGGGGUAUGGAACGCAAGAGUACUGGGAGCAGCGGUAUACCAACGAGGGCCCGACGGUGUCGUUCGACUGGUUCCUGUCGCCAGAGUACCUGCUGCCGUUCAUUGAGCAGACCUUGAGAGAGGCAGGGAUGGGAAAGGAAGCUCGGAUACUCAUGCUGGGCUGUGGCAACUCAUCCUUGAGCGAGGUGAUGUAUGACGACGGGUACAGAGACGUCGUCAAUGUCGAUUACUCGAAGGCCGUCAUUGAGCAGAUGAAGGAACGGCAUAAAUCUCGGGUCGGCAUGGAAUGGCUGGAGAUGGAUGUGCUGGAACUGCAAUUUGAGGAGGAGUUCGACCUGGUCAUCGAUAAAGGGACAAUGGACGCAAUGUUGACAACAAAGGGGGAUCCUUGGAAUCCACCAGAAAAGGACAUAAAGACUUGUACGCAGGAGAUCACUGAGGCGAUACGGGUCAUGAGGAAGCGGCCAAGCUCCCGGUUCCUGUAUUUCACCUUCGGCCAGCCUCACUUCAGGGAAAGGUAUAUGCAAGACCGGCCGAACUGGACAUUAUCGCAUAAAGAGGUCGGCCCGCCCGAAGGGUUCGCGUACUUUAUGUACACCCUCGCUUACACCCCAUGA